GAGUUAGAGGAAUUCUGGGCCUAUCAAGAACUGCUGGGAACCUUUGUCAAGCGCCUGGCUUAUUGUGUGUCUGCAGAACUCCUACCGCUCAUGGAAAUACCAGGUGUCAAACUGGGUCGAGCUAAGCAGUUAUACAAUGCAGGAUUUCAGUCUGUUGGGUUCGUGGCAGCCGCUGAUCCCGAAAUCCUUGUUAAAUCCAUACAGCAGAUCCCUCAUAAAGUGGCCAAACAGAUCGUUGCUUCCGCAAAAAUUUUGCUGAAUGAGAAAGCAGAGGCCUUACUACAGGAAGUAGAGGAACUGGUGACGGUUCCGGUCGACCGAUCAACCGUACAUAGUUCACAGGGUCAAACCUCUCCCUGGGAUGAUAUGGACUUGUUUUCUAGUCUUGAUACACAGUCUUCUACCUCAUGAUAAAAAUUGACACCCUUUUUAGCUCGAAGACAAAAAGUGCAUUUAGAUAAAGGGAAAAAAACCUCAAGAACCCUCCUAAUGAUUUACAUGUAAAUUCCUGCAGUCCUUUGGGUUUAAGUUUAAGUUAGUUGAAUGUGAC